AUGCUCAUUAUGCUAUCUUCCACCCUAUAUUUCCACCACAUUGUGUGUUUAAUUGUAUUCGCACUCGCACUACUCCACGGCACCCGUCCCGUUUAUGCAGCUUUCUUGUUACACCGUCGCACCAAAUCCGUGCUUGAAGAUGCCAAAUCCGAGGCCAAUGAUAAUGACGACCCCCCUUUUCCGUGCAAGCCUCCCUGUAGGCCUCCUUUCGCCAAUGCUGCUGGUGAGCACGUCAUCGAAGACCUUGGGGAGGUGGUGACCCCUAUCCUCGGGAGCGUGUUGACAGAUCCCCUGCUAGGAGAACGCUCAAACACAGAUGCACUCCCAGACUUAUUAUUUUCGUCUCGCAACAACAACAGUCAAUACACCGAUGUAUACUUGGAGAGAGAGGUGAAUGACCUGGAGGCGGACGUGCCAGUGGAAAAUUUAGAUAUGGAAGAGCUAACGGAUGGCCUGGAGCCGGCGGCUAACCUGGAGCCGGAGAAGCCAAUGAACGGGCACCAGGAGAAUAUACUCAAAACAGGCAACGAACUCACCACUGACACCCUGACCCGCCACGGACCCAAAGUCACAGACGCACCGUAA